AGUUGUUUUAAAAUGAAGCAUCAUAUUUGGUUGUUAAUAAGUUUACAUCUUUUGGUUACUCAAAAAAUAUCUGAUGUUAAUUCGAUUAUUGCAAAAGUAAAAAAUGUUGAACAAGAUGAAAGCCGUAUGGGUUUAGCUGAUUUAACAGGCAUAAAAAUGACAAAAUACAAUAAAACAAUGAUUGUUUUGAGUGGAAAAUAUAAAAUUUUCAAAAAAUUUGAAAACUUAAAGAUCAACGCACAAACAUUUAAAAAAAUGGGAAAUGGUUUUAUAGCAAUGUCCAUGUUUACCCUAAAGAAUCAAGAUUAUUGUGGCUUUCUAAAUGAUCCAAAAUGGCAAAAGAUAUUCUUUGAUAAAUUAUUCAAUCAUACUGACUUACCAUACAAUUGCAAUUCUCUACCGGGGGAAUAUACAAUUUCCGAAUACGUACCUGCGAUACCAGAAAACGUUCCAUCUGGGGAUUAUCGUAUGGAUCUUGAAUAUGUAAUGAAUGAUAAAAUAGAGACGAAAUAUAGAUUGUUUGUCGCAGUUAUAUAAACAAUUGUUUACUCAACUUUUGCUUCGGAGGCGGCGGCAGCAAGAAACUUCAAA